AUGACGGUGUUGCAACAGAUCCUAAAUAACCUCCAGCUGAAAGUGUUUAUUGAGAAUCAUGUUCUUUCUACCACUGAAAAAGUGACAUGUAAUCCUUCUCACGUUCGUUCGGUUUGUUUAGGAAGUAGAAAAGAGUCCCAGCUCAUUCAUGUUGCCAAUGCCACCACCAAUCCGGCGUUGAAUGCACAAAAGUCAGACUGCUUAAUUGUUACCAUUACAAAAGUCUUACCAGAAGCCAUGAAACUGGUCACAUCUCUUCCCGACGAGUUUCAUGUAAACUCGUUGCAUGAAUGGAGUAUGGACUGUAUGGUGUGGGAUAAGAGUGAACCAUUAAUCACAUCUCAAAACUUUGUCAAUGCAAACACCAACCAAUUAGUAUUACCUUCUGUUGAAAAUGAUUUGUUCAAGCAGAAUAAUUCUGCAGCCUGCUAUAUGGAUGUGUUGAAUUCUUCUACUGUGAUUCAAAAGGAUCCCUUGUCCAUGAUCUUUGCCUCUCAAAAAGAUAUGGUCGUGCCUGCAUUCUCCACUCAAAAAGAUCUGUCUGAAGUGGUAUUGCCUCAAUCCAUGCAAUCUCAACCACCAAUGCAAAUUCAACCGUCAGUACAACUGUCAGUGCAAUCUCAACCCUUGGCUUCUUCAUCAUUUCAGAAAGACCCGACCAACACUACAAUACUCUCUUCUCAAACUGAUGUUUUGACUCCAGUCUUCUCCUCUUCAGUGGGUUCACAUUCCACCAUUCCAACGAUCCAUGAAUUUGAAGAAUUGAAAAAGAAGUAUGAAAGAAUUGUCGACAUUAAUCAUGAUCUCCAAUUCAAUAUGAAAAGGAUUCAACGAGAAUUGGAACAAGAGAAGGAAGAACGAAUCAAGUUGCAAUCCAAGGUUGAUCAGCAUCCCGAGAGAAUGAAUACCGUUCGUGAUAACUUGUGUAAGAUGUAUGUUGAUCUUGGAAAUAUUAUAACCUCCAUGUCUAACACAACAACCAUUAUAAUUGGGGACGAGAAGAAGGAAGUGGCCUCAGACGAAUUUGUUAAUUUUUGUAAGAGGAACCAAUUUGGCAAGUGUGUGUAG